AUGGCACAAGGAGCACGAGCACAGUCUUCUUCUCCUAUUACCUAUGAAUAUGAAUAUGAAUAUGAUGUAUUUCUCAGUUUUCGUGGUGAAGAUACCCGCUACGGCUUUACUGGCAAUCUUUAUAGUGCUCUGAGUCAACGGGGAGUCUUGACCUUCAUGGAUGAUCAUGAUCUAAAAAAAGGGGAAAAGAUUACAACUGCUCUGCUCCGUGCAAUUCAAAAGUCCAGGAUGACCAUCGUUAUUUUGUCUAAAAGCUACGCAUCCUCAACAUUUUGUUUGAACGAACUUGUGGAGAUCCUUGAGUGUUAUACAGAACAAAACAUGUCGAUUUGGCCAGUUUUCUAUGAUGUAGAUCCAUCAGAUGUGCGACAUCAAACAGGGAGUUAUGGAGAAGCAUUCACAAAGCACGAACGGGGAAGAUUCAGGGAUGACAGCGAGAAGUUGAAAAAAUGGAAGUUGGCUUUGAAUCAAGUAGCUGAUUUCGGUGGUUCCCAUUACAACCAUGGGGUCUAUGAGCAUGUGCUCAUUAGAGAAAUUAUAAAAGAGGUCUCCCGUAAGAUUAAGCGACCUCUCUUGCAUAUUGCUGUUUACCCUGUUGGAUUGGAUGCUCGAAUAAAAGGUGUACUGUUGCUUAUAGGCGCUGGCUUUAAUAAGAAAUUCAACAUGAUCGGUAUUCAUGGGACUGGUGGAAUAGGCAAAUCAGCCAUUGCACGUGCUGUAUAUAAUUUGAUAGCAUCUCAAUUUGAAGGUUCAUGCUUUAUUGCUGAUGUUAGAGAAUUAACGUCUAGACACGGAUUAGAAAAGAUCCAAGCGACAAUGCUUUCUCAACUAAUUGGGGGGAGAAAUUUCGAGUUAGAAAGUUUGAAUCAAGGGAUUCCAAUAUUAAAAGAACGAAAGAAAGUCCUUCUUAUUCUUGAUGAUGUUGACAACAUGGAUCAAUUACAAGCAAUUGAGGGAGGACUUGAUUGGUUUGCUCCUGGUAGCGUCAUCAUUAUAACAACAAGGCACAAGCAUUUGUUAGAUAGCCAUGAUGUUAAAAAAUAUGAGGUUAAAAAUCUGAAUCAUACUGAAGCUCUUGAAUUGUUUAGGUGGAAAGCUUUAAAAAAUAGUGAAGCUGGCCUUUACAUGGAAAUCACAAAGCGUCCAAUACCUUACGCCGGUGGCCUUCCUUUGGCUUUGGAAACGAUAGGCUCAAACUUGUUUGGUAAAACAUUAGAUGAAUGGAAUUAUGCAUUAGAAGCAUAUGAAAGAAUUCCAAUUGAAGAAGAUGUUGAUAAAAUUCUUGAAGUUAGCUAUGAUGGCUUGGGGGAAAAUGAAAAGGAGAUUUUUCUUGACAUAGCUUGCUUCUUCAAAGGAUGCACUCUAAGAUAUGUUACAAAUAUGCUACAUGCUCGUCUUGGUUUUCCCCCACAAGAUGGUAUUCGAGUGCUGCAAAAAAAAUCCCUCAUUAACAUUUGGAGAUCCAAUGGUGAAAUUAUUGUAACAAUGCAUAACUUGAUUCAACAUAUGGGAAAAGAAAUAGUUAGAAAGCAAUCAACUUCCUUUGAAGGACGUAAUAGGUUGUGGUUUCAUGAGGACGUUGUUUGCAUUUUGGAGAAAUACAAGGAAAAUGAUGAAAUUAAAGCCAUGAUGUUGGAUAUGCCUGAAGAUAAACUUCAAUUCAAGGAAGAUGUGUUCGGAAAGAUGAAAAACCUCAUGAUGCUUAUAAAAAAGGAAGUUGGUUUUGCCAGUUGCUUCGAACAUCUCCCAAAAAGUUUGAGAGUGUUGGAAUGGUGGAGACAUCCUGCAGCUUCUUUACCAUCUGUUCUUCAUAACCUUGUCAUACUCAACUUGUCAUACAGUCGUUGCUUUCAAUGGGACAAAUCAUUACAGAUGUCAGAGGUUUUGAAUCAGUUGAUCUUCACGGGUUGUAAGUGCUUACAAGAAAUACCUGAUGUGUCUGGUCUCCCAAAUCUGAAAGAAUUGUGUGUUGAUGAUUGCACAAGUUUGAUUGAGAUUGAUGAUUCUGUUGGACUUCUUGUUAAUCUCCAAAGGUUCAGUGCUAAAGGGUGUACCCAGCUUAAGAAAUUUCCGCACAGCAUAAAGUGGAAAUCUCUGGAAUACCUUUGUCUUCAGGACUGCGAGAGUCUUGAUAAUUUCCCAGAAAUAAAAGAACCAAUGGAAAAGCUGAAAUUCCUUGACUUGGAAGGAACUGCUUUGAAAAAUCUGCUACCUUCAGUGAAAUUCCUUAAAGGCCUUCGAAGGUUACACCUGAGCAGAUGCAAAAUGCCUGAAAAUAAUGUGCUAUCCGAAAUUGUUCAAAAUUUGCCAAAUUUCUUUCCCGAAUUGAAAACAGUGAGAUUAGGAGACUCAAAUUUGACAAUCCUUCCUGCAUGCAUUAAUGAAUGUCAAAAUUUGAAAAGGCUAGACUUGUCUAAUUCCAAGCAGCUUGGAGAAAUUGGAGGGCUUCCACCAAACAUAGUUGAAUUUGUGGCAAAUAACUGCACGUUACUGAAAGAUGAUUGUUCAACUUUAAACAAGUUGAUAAAGAGUCAGGUAAUUCAUUCUAGAAUACAAUUCUAUGUUCUGCCAGGGCAAACGAUCCCAGAAUGGUUUGACCACACUAGCAAGGGACACUCUCUAUGUUUCUGGUUUCGUAAGGAAUUCCCUUGCCUCACUGUGUCUGCUGUUUUAGGAGUUGUAGAUAAUACUGAGCAUCCUUUCGAUGUGCACUUUAAGUUCUGUUUUAAGAUCAAUGAUAUUGACAUGCCUUUGUUUAAUUAUAAGAACAAUUUAGAGGGUGAUCACAUAGUUAUAUUUAACUAUAUUACUAAUCCAAUGGAUUUGGAUCAUGGAGGACUACUUUCAGAGAAUGAGUGGAAUUAUGGGGAGGUUUUAUUUGUGAUAAAACCCGAUUCACCCGAUUCUGGUAGUUCAGGAUCAAUCCAACGGAUCGGAGUUCUUGUGAACCAGACAUUUAUCAGUAAAGGGCAUGUUAGAUUCACAAAUCCUUAUCCUUCCAAAAUUACAUGUGAUGACAAGGGAAACCAGCUUAGGUUGUGUAAGGCAGAUGAUAAACAACAGCAGCAACAACAAUUAGCUUCUUUCAACCGCUCAAUCCCAAUGAGCUAUGAAAUGGGGGAACAACCUUUGAGUUAUGAGUUGUGCAAUUCAGAUUCACUGGAACCAGCGUGGCCAAUUGACGGCUCCAACAACACAGAUGGAGCAUUCCUUGAUCAUCAAGCAAAAGAUGCAGGAGAAUCAUCUCAAGUGCAAAGAUCCACUUCAACAAGUGGCCAAGUUGGACCAAAACUGCCCCUAGGAACCAGUUUGACUAUGUUGCCAAAAACAAUUGAUGCGUCUUUAACAAAUCAAACUGAACUAACUCUAGUUGAUGAUGUAGAAAUGGAAGCAUUUUAUGUUUCUCUUGAUGCUGAGACCCGGGUUGUUUCAAGUGAAGAGGCCAGCAAAGCUAGGAGAAUAGUACACGACUUCAUCUCCAAUAAUGAUGCUUCUAUUAUGUUGCAUCCUGAACGGUGCAGCGUCAUGAAAACCAGUUUAGAGAACCUCUCCAAUUUGUCUGCAGACCAUGGUAUAUCAAGAGAAAUGAGAACACUGUUAUCAGAAGCUUCAAGGGAGUACACGCAUUUUAGGAGGGACUACAUUGAAGCAAGUAUGAAAAUUGCGUCCACAUCAUUCGAUUUGCAGAGAGCUGAUGAAUUAGAAAUAGGUCUUGAACUUAACAAGAAAAGGUUCUGUGAAGAGUUGGCCUCAGAACAUGAGCUGAUUAAAAAGUUAGCCAGAAUGGAGGAAAGCAAAAGGAAGCUAGAAGAGAAAAUCAAUGUCAUUAAAGCUAACAUCUCCGCUUCUCAAUCAGAAAAGGAGAACAUUCUUAACAGAAAGAGAGAUAUCUUCAAAGAAGGAAAGGCACUUCAAACUCAAAGAGAUGAGUUGAGGGAAAAAGCACCUAGUUUGAAAUACGAGCAUGGUUUUGCCAAGGAAACACAAUCAAGAAUGAAUUCUGAAUGGUCUGAACUCAGAGAAAAACUUAAGAAGAUUGCUGAAGAGUGAGAUUUAUUGUAAUUCAGGUAGAAUGUUGACUGUAGACUAUAACCCCUAGAAUAUUAUAUAUGAAAACCUCGACCAGAGAGGGUGAAGUGUGGAGUGAGUGAGGGCAAUGCAAAUAAAAUUUUGAACUAAAAUUAUUUCCGUUUGUAAUUUA